CACCUCACAAAAGAAACGUCUCUUUGGGUCUCACUUUCUCGUUUGCACUAGAAGCUUUGAUUAUUUUUAACACAAGGCUAAAUAAGUAGCUAUAUUCGUUUGCCAUGGAUCAACCACCACUGUACCAGCCAGAGUUUGUCCCAAUGAAAGGAAAUAAGUACAUGCGUCUUGAAGACACUCACGGAGCGCCCAAGUUCCAACAUACCGUCGUCUUGGGACAGCCACAGCCCGUUGUACCUCAUCCCAGGGAUCACAUUAUCUGGUCACUUUGCAGCCUCGUGUAUGGCAACCCAUUCUGUCUCGGAAUGUUAGCGGUGUAUUUCUCUAUAAAGUCCAGGGACAGGAAGAUGGUUGGAGACUUGGAGGGAGCAAGAAAACACGGGAAGACUGCAUGCUGCUUUAAUACUGUGACCCUGACUUUGGUAAUCCUCGGGCUGCUCUUCUUCUUCAUCACCUAUGGUAUCAUCAUCUACCAAGUUACACACUGAGGAGAUCCAGUCUUUGCUUUUGUAAAAACAAGUGUUCAUUUGAAGUCUUGGCAGGUGUUAUACACCUGUAGGAUUGUGUCCUGAUACAUUUCAGCUCAUCUCUUAAACACACACACACAGCACAGAUGUUCCUUCAGCACUGUCUACCAGAUGUUCCUUCAGCACUGUCUACCAGAUGUUCCUUCAGCACUGUCUACCAGAUGUUCCUUCAGCACUGUCUACCAGAUGUUCCUUCAGCACUGUCUACCAGAUGUUCCUUCAGCACUGUCUACCAGAUGUUCCUUCAGCACUGUCUACCAGAUGUUCCUUCAGCACUGUCUACCAGAUGUUCCUUCAGCACUGUCUACCAGAUGUUCCUUCAGCACUGUCUACCAGAUCUUAUUUGCUCUUCUUUAGUUUUGUGUUUUAAGGACACAAGAUGAUUCUUUUGAAGUUCCAUUCAAAUGUAAUUUUUUAUUAAUAAAUUCAACCUUUUUUGUAAAUGCA